ACAUUACAUUGCAUGAUGGGAAAACUUUGCGCCAUAUUUGUUACUUGCAAAGAAAUUCAUAAGUGAUCGAACUAUUUAAAAAGAAAAAGGAAAACUUUUGAACGUAAAAUGAACAUUGACAGUACCUGAAACAAAUGCAGGAAUAAUUAGAGAAGCCAUAAUAAGUCAGUUUGGUCAAUACUAAAACAGAUAAUAGACUUUUUAAACAAUAUUUAGAAGUAAACAAUUCGCGGUUUAUGUCUUUUUCGGCUCCAUGUGUUGAUAUGCCAAAUCAUUUGAAUUAGAUAGCGAUAAACAGAGUCCUAGAUGUAAUACUACGAACUCCAUGUAGAAUUAGCAUUAGGAAGAGAAUUAACUGUGUACAAGAUAAUUUGGAUUUUGAGAAUAUUAGAAAUUGAGAAAAUAGAAUCCGGUCAAGGUCAACGUUCGACAACUCUGUAAAACGUUUUUGGCAUGUCAUUUUUGAAAGUUGAUGAUUCUUGAUCAGCCGAUGACAACAUAUACGAAAUUGUAAUAUAAGCAGAAUGAAGAUGCUCUAGUCUUAGUUUACCAGUUGUCUGCAGCUGUUUAAUUUCACCAGAAACUUUUUUAUGUAAGGUUGAUAAAUUGGCUACAAUGACAAGCUGAUUUCACAACUGUGGCAACUUUGCAGUUGCUGUUUCAUUUCUCUUCAUUUCCAUGAUAGACUCAAUGUGAAAUUUUUCCUUGACAAAUUGGUGUUGUUGUUUUAUAUUGUAAAGUGCCUUAAUCUGCGGAGUGCAGUACAAAAAACAGGAGCUGGUAAAGAAUCGUCAAGCUGUUACUGGGUUUAAAAAAAGAAGGAACAUUCUUAAAAACCCUGGUAAUGUUAGUGAUGAUGAUCUUGUGAUGGCCACAAACAACGCUCCAAAGCACGAUUUUGCACCGGCUUGGCUAAAGAUUCCAUCACACGAAGCUCCUAAGCAAUCAGGAUCCAAGCCUUUUGAUAGUGACAAAAGCAACAGCAGACCAAGAUCUCAUAAAGAUGAUUCUUUCUUCAAUAAACGACACCCUUUAGCUGGUGGUAAAUACAGACAUCAUUCAGUUGAAGACGAUUACUACAGUGGAUAUCCUCCUUAUGGUCCUUACGGUUACUACAAUGGCUAUGGCAUGCCCUACAACUCUCAACCUUCUAUUUAUAGAUCACCUAGUCGUGAAGGGAAGUACCCUCCAAACAUGAGAUUUAAUCAGAUAAAUGGUGCCCCUUACCCUCCAGGAUAUUAUGACCUCUACUCUUUUGAUUACUAUCAUGGUGACCAUUCUUACUACGCCAAUUACCCUAACAGCAGAGUCAAUACCAAACGUGGAAAUUAUGAGAGAGAUGGAAGGACAAACUCCAAGGAUAAAGAAGACAAAUCAAAAGGAAAAGAUGAUGACAAAGACAAACCUCCAUUUCAAGAUGAAUUUCCAUCACUUAAUGGAGAAGAAAAAUCUGAGACGUCUACGAAUGGCAAGCUUACAAAUGGCAGUAGUGUGUGGGAACACCCUCCUCAUGGAAAAGGAACUUCAAGUAAACUAUCAGACAACCGACAGACUGCCAACAUUUAUAAAACACUUGUGCCAAAUAAACAGAGUGCUAUCAACAGAAAACCAGGAAAGGAAGGUCUUAGGUUGAAUGGUGGCUUACAGAAGGAACCGUUUAGCUCAGUCAAAACCAAUUCUAAAGAGGCUCCUACUUCACCAAUAGAAAUUCUUAACACUAGAUUUGUUACCCAACCUCGUAACCUUGGUAACAAAAAGAGUGAAUUUUUGAGAGCCUUGAGAAAAGAAAAUAGUGGAUCUGACCGACAAGAAUCAAGUCAAAGUAAAGAUGGAUGGCCAAUCAAGAAUGAUCAUACAGACCAAUUAACCAAUGGAGUAGAAAGACUUGCCAUGGAUGAUUCUUCUAACAUGCUAUCCAGUUCUUUAGAGGCUGAACAGAGGCUUCUAAAAGAAAUGGGAUGGAAUGAAACAGAUCAAGAGGAUUAUGAAAUAACAGAAGCUGACAAGAAAAUGUUCCAGGAUCUCUAUUCAACAAAACAGCAAAACCGAAAUACACGUGUGAAUAAAACAUUCAGCCCCAAGCAUAUUCCAGUAUACCAGCCAAAUGCUCAGGAGUUAAAUGACACUCUGUCAUCAUCUGAUUCUGAUUCUGAUGGACAGUAGUGCCAGUUUUUUGCAGCAAUUUAAACAGUGCUUGACAAUUUUGUGAUUUUUUUCCUGGGAGAAGUCUCCUAUUAUUGGCAGAGUUACUUCCCUUUAACAAGUUUUCCUGUGAGGAGAAACUUUGAUUAAUUUGUGUGAGAAAUGGACUCCGCUGUUUCAACUGCCGGUGCACAGGAUGCACAAAUGCAAUCAUAGGACUUUAUUUACUAGUCCAACUCUUUUUUAUCAUCUAAUCAUUUAACUACAGAAAGGAAACACAGAGAAGGUGUUAAAUAUUUCUUUAGGAAAUCAAACCUAUUUUUAUAGAUUUUUGUGAAAUGUUUUGUAGAUAUGACAAUGAGCAUGAAUAAAUGAUUUGAGAUAGUUAAUGACAUAUAUAGAUUGAUAUUUUAAUUUUCCUUUUCUGAAAAAUUUUGUUUAACAAGGUGGACAAGAAGUUAAAAACAAAUUAGACUACAAGAGUUAUAUGUUUUGUUUGUAUGAUGAAAUAUUUUGUUGAUUUGAUAUAAGCAGCAUUUAGUGAUCAGUUGAAUUAUUUCAUGUUGAAUUAUAGUUGGCAUUUAAAUUUGUCUUUGCUUGAAAUGUAUAUUUAUGUGCCGGUAUGAUUUUUAAAUGUAAUUUAAGCUUAACAGGCACUUUUGGUUUAUGUUCUGGUUGACUUAAUUUGUAGAUGAUCUGUAAUUCAAUUUUUGUUAUGUAUUAACUAUCAUUUCUGUUCUCAUUAAGGCCAUAGUUGAAAAAAAACCAGUUGUUUUGGGUUUUCCUACCUAAUUAUGGUAUGCCUUCACUUCAAGUUUUAUUGUCAAUCUUGACAAAAUUACAGUUACUCCAAAUAAAGAAUUUUAGAAAAUUAAAAUACAAAAUCUGCCUACCUACCCUGAUUCUUGUGGAGGAAGCCCUAAAAACCUCCACUUUUGUGUGUGGCCUAAAUGUUUUUCUAAGAACUGUUUAUAAACAACAUUAUAAACUAUCACUUAUUCCACCAUGUUUACUUCAAUUAUUGAACAAUAAGGUACUUAAAAUAUACAGAAAUAUAGUAGCAUCUUUCCUUCCCCUUCACUGAUCAAUAGUAUUGCAUCUCAUGUGACACAAAGCAGUAUUAAUUGAAUGAUUAUUUAUUUGGACUUCAAUCACUUAUGUAUUUAUUUGCCUUGAUAGCUUGCUUUAACAAACUGACCAAUAACUCAUCAACUAAAUGUAUAAUGAAUAUUUUAUUAUGAAUAAAUGUGACAUGUGUUUAUUUAAAAAGUGCUUUAAGAAUAAGAAUGUGAUUCUUUUCUUUGAAUCUAAUCUCAAAUCUUUUGUGAUGUGUAUAGGUAUACAUAUUUUAAUGAUGGGGAAAAGUUUUUAUUUUUUAUUUUAAGUUCCUAUACUGAUAUUCAGAAUACAUCUUUAAAUAGGUUUUUGUUAAUGUUGAAACAAAACCAAUUUUUAAGAGAAAAAAUUAUUGGCUUUCCUAUUUCUUUUGGGGUAUGACACAAUUAUUAUGAUACAUCUAAUAUUUUUUUCUUCAACAACGAUUUUGUGACAAAAUAAUGGCUUUUUAAGUAAAUGGUGUAAAUGUAAAAUGACAGAUAUAUUUGAACUCUCACAGAGAUGGUGAAUAUUUCAUAAAUCAAGUUAUAUCUGAAUAAACACCAAACAAUCAGGGUAGCUUAUUAAAAGGUAGUGCAGAUAAAGGAAGCGUUUAAUUUUUUCAUCAAAGUUGGAGAGGAAAAGUCAGAUGUGUUGUAUAGUUUGUAAAAAGUUCAACAUGCCCAUUUGUGCAGGUUGGAAUAGUGUGAUAUUUAGAGACAGUAUUAAGAAAAUUGAAAUAUUAUUUCAGGGUCACUUAUUUUUGUCAAACAAAGCUUUUCAUGUUUGUUACCACAGGUCAUACAGAAGUAAAGAUUGUGAAUUUUUCCUCUGAUCUCCCUUUUGUAAGGUAUGCAUUGAAAUGUACAUGUAUUAAUUUUAUUUCAACCUUUUUUGGUAAUUUGUAAAUUGCUGUUGCCAUAUAUUAAUUGAUGACAAAAAAUAAAUACAAUUUUGCAAACUUAUAUAUUCUUUACAUUUCAAAACAUCCUCUGCAUCAACUUUUCUACUCUUAAUUUGUACUAUUCAAUUAUUUCUAAACAUGUUGGAUUUUGAGUUUGACAAUUUUAUCACGUUUUCAAAAUCAAUUUACAAAAUUACAAUGUGAAAUCUUAGCGGUAUUGUCCAUAGUGAACUAUUAGAUGAAUACAUGAUUACCCAUUGAAGUGAAUUUGCCGCUAGAGAUAAAUAAGAUGCAUCAUAGAAAAAAAUUUGAGAUGAAAAAAAACACCUGCGUGUGUGUCUUCAUUUAUAGAAAUAGAAAUACUUAGAACCAAAUGAUUAAUGAUUAACUGUUGAGGUUGUAAUCUAUGUUGACGAGUAGGAACACUUUCUCUAAAAAUUCUUAUGGUCUAGUAAAAAAAGCUAUCAAUAUGGUCAUAUAUCUAUAAAGAUAAUGGUCGAAGUGAUGUACAAUAUUUUGUAUCUUCUUGUUCACAACUUGUGAAUACUUGUAUGAUUUAGAAUGUUUAUAUGUAGAAAAUUUUAAUACAAUCAAAUGGCUUUAUUUUUGUAAUUACAAAUUAACAUUUUAUAUUUGACAGCCAUGAGAGUUUGUAAACAUGUUUAAUUCAUGUUUGAAUUGAAUACAUCAGAUAAAUAGAUUUGUUAGUCAUUUUGGUUUAUAAAUAGAAUUAAGGAUUUUGAAAUACAUUAUGAAAUUUUAUAACAAAGUAAUCUUUUCAGGUAUUGAUUGUAAAAUAUGCUUCUGACAUUGUACCUCAUAAUGAGGAUUUUCUUUCUGCUUUGUUCUGUUUGUUUUUGUCUCUCUUUGAUUAGAUUUUCCUGCAGUACAUAUUUCCUCCUCCUUAUUGUUAAAGGGAGAUAAUGUUCACAAUAAGAUAACCAGGUUAUUAAUUGAUAGAUGAUAAAUGGUAAAGUAAAAUUAUUUUGGCCAUAAAAAAAAAAUAACAUUAUCAAUAUGGCAUUAUAGAAAAAGUAGAAAUGGUGGGGCAUUAUAUAACAAUUUAAGGAUCAUCAGUUCAUGGAAGUCAAUACAAACUAAAAAGAUUUACUGUCUUAAGUAAAGACCAAAUUGCACAGUCUCUUAGGUAAUAAGACAUAUCAUUCCAGAGUACGAAGGUUAAUAUCAUUUGGAAUCUUUGUACACAUUAUUACAUCUAUAGUUUCGUCCCAUAAAAUCACUCGUCCAAAUUGGAUUUUUUUUCAAGUUUUUUUUUUAUUUGUCAGGAAGAAGAUAUUUGAUUGAAGUGCUCAAAGUCUUUUUUAUACAUUUAGUUUAUGUGACAGAAUUUGUAUA